AUACCAAAUACCGAGCUGACAAAAAUCGAUAAGCGAUAUCCGAUAAUCGAUAAUGAUAUGCAUAUGCCAGCCCAGCCAAAUACUUCGUCAUGUGUCUUGAAGAGGGGCAACAACUAGUUUUGCGAAACAAAGAGAAGGAAAUGCCAAAAAAAAAUGAACAGAAAGAAUAAAAACUAAACCAGAGACCAACAAAACACGCACUUAACCAUAUAUAGAGAUUCUCGACGCCUGACAGCAUCUCCCACGUUAUCAUUGUGUCUGAUCAUCGCUUUGUGGGUUAUAAUACCGAAACACUAACAUACAAAAUGAAUUGUAAGAAACCACUUGCCCAUUUGUGGUCAACGCGCUGUCGCUGUCGCCAUCGUCAUCGUCGAAGUGUCGAAGCCUCGUCAUCCAAAGCAUAAAAUGAACACACAACUGAUGACCAAAACAUUGAUGAUUGAUUUGGGCCAUAGCAAACGCAAACGCCGCUCCCCCCUUUGCCUUGCCCUUGCUUAGCGAGCGAUUGUGUGAGAGUUUUGAGAGGUCGAAGGUCGAAUGACAGACAAAGAGAGGGACAAACAGAGAGACAGAGGGAGAGAAGCUUUGAAACAGUUAGAAGCAGAUGCGAUGCGAUGCGAUAUACGAUGAUGAUUGUGAUGUAAUGAUGAUGUAGACGACCAUUGAUGACAUGCAAUGAUGAUGUGAUGAUGAUCGUGAUGCUGGCUGACGACUCUUGUAACCGCGUACAUUUCGCUUGUGAUCGAUCUUCGUGUUAGGCAGAGAGCAGAGAAUAUCAUACUCUCUCCGGUGGUUCCCCCCUUUGCCUGACUGCCCGACUAGAGAGACUAGAGAGAGAGAUACUUGAGAGGAGUCUCUUUUGGAGCAACGUCGUCGCACCAGAGCCGAGCCAUCGUCGUCGAGAGAUGAAGCUGCCUCAGAGGCGGGCCGCCCUGCCCCAAAAAGAUAUUUCUUAUUUUUACAGUUUACAAUUAAAUCGAGGCCGUGGGAAGAGAUGCCGCGCCGCCUGGUUGACGGUUGACUGCCCUCCGCCCGCCGUCCGGUUUGAGUGCUAUGUGCUGUGCUGUGCCCGUUGUACUGCUCUGCUAAACUGCCACUGCCAAUUGCCACUCCAUUGACUGACACUGGGUUGUCGCACGUUCGCCUCUCACGCACGCUCUCAUCACACUCCCACAAAUCCCUGGUGUGUGCUCCUGGCGACUGUUUCUUCUGACUGUGUGCGCUUUUUGUGGGUCCCGCGACAUCUUCGAUCGAUUAAGAAACAAACAUCAAAACAACAACAACAUAUAAAAAUGUUACCAAUACACAUUACAUUUUCCAAUAUGCAAUAUUUAUACCAUAACUAAAACAAAACAAAAUGAUGACGCUACUGUGUGAAAAAGUAUUUCCUGGCUAAAAAGCAUUUGUUGCUCAUCUGGUUGAUGUUUGAUGGCCGGGCCUGCUCCUCCUACUCCUCCUCUGAGCUACUGAGCUACUGCUGACCAAUAACCAUAAGUUGAGAUGUAGAUGUGUGGAGCUAUCAAUAUCGCUAAUGCAGCAACCGCUCGUGUGCUAUUUCUUGUGCGGUCUUCUCCCCCCACAUUGGCCGACAGUGUAACUAGGCAGACAGACAAAACUUGCUCUCGGUGUUGAUAAAGAUGUGUGUGUCCUCUCUCUGAAAGCGCAUUAAGACCUGAAAGAUUACAUGCGCCAGGCUGGCGAAGUCACCUAUGCUGAUGCCCACAAGCAGCGUCGCAACGAAGGCGUGGUUGAGUUUGCCUCUUUGUCGGACAUGAAGACAGCCAUUGAGAAGCUGGAUGACACCGAGUUGAAUGGACGUCGCAUCCAUUUGGUCGAGGAUCGUCGUGGCGGACGCAGCGGCGGUGGUGGUGGCGGCGGCGGUGGUGGACGUGGACGUUCCCGUUCAUCUAGCUCUCGCUCACGUUCUCGCUCCCGCAGGCGUUCUCGCUCUCGUCGCUCAUCGCACUCGCGCUCCAAGUCGCGCAGCCGAUCCAAGUCACGCGGUGGACGCUCCAAAUCAAAGUCGCCAGUCAAGUCGCGUUCCCGCUCACGCUCGCGUUUUUCAAACAAAUCUCGUGAUGUGUCCAAGUCAAAGUCAAAGUCCCGCUCUCGCACUCGCUCCCGCUCGCCUAAGCGCGACUCUCACUCCCGCACACGCUCGAACUCAAAGCGUGAGUCGCGAUCUCGUACUCGCUCCAAGUCAGAUCGCCACGAUUCGCGUUCACGCGAUCGCUCGGCAUCGGCUGACAACAAAUCCCGUUCGCGUUCUCGUUCACGCUCAGCAUCGGCAAAGAAUGGAAAUGCCUCACCGGAUCGCAACAACGAAAGCAUGGACGAUUAGAUUAGUUAGCUGUCCCAUUAUAAUAAUAUAAAUAUGAUUUUAGAUUUCGACAAUUUACUCUAGAAAACCCAACAUAUACAGACACCUAAUCCACCAAAAUAAUUCCUUGCUGUAAAGCUGAACCCUAAAACAUCAGGAAAGCUAUUGCCAGCAAGUGCAAAGAAUAAUGAAGGCAAACUUUGAACAUUUUUUAAUCCACUACCAGGCAUAGUGAACAUUUUUUUAAUAUUUAAAAAUUAUGUUUAGGCAUUUCUUUGACAUUGAAAUGGAAUCGCAAUCCCGAAUGUAUUUUCAUGUUGAAUACAAGGGAUUCGAUUCCAAAACAAAUAAGAAGACAGACAAACACAAAACAAACUUAAAAGGUCGAAAAUUGUCCAUAGCUUAUAAUAUCUUUUGCAAUCCGGGCAAUUUGAAUUCUUGCCUAUGAAAAAC